CGGAACCGUCUGGGCCUUGUCAGGGUUUUCUCACUUGCAAGAUGGAGAUGAGAUGAAUUCAUAUCUCAGGCUUAUUUUAUAUAUUGAGAUGACGUGAUGGUGUAUGGCACAUAGAGGUUGCACAAUAAAUAUACAUUGCCUUCCAUUGUUAAUAGAAAACAUUGUGUACAUAGGUAACUGGCAUAAAGUGCUAUUUCACUAUCCAGAAGCUGAACCUAGCAAAGGCAAGCUGAAGAAAAUGGAACCCUCUUUUUCCUUUGCAGCUGUAAAGAUGUCUGACAAAAACCAAAUAGCUGCCAGAGCAUCCCUUAUUGAGCAACUGAUAUCUCAAAGGAAUUUUGAGGAUCUUGGCAACCACCUUACUGAGCUAGAAAUGAUUCAUGUGACUAAGGCACAUCUCCAGGAGACAGAUGUGAUCAGAGCUAUAUACCAAGUCCUCAAAAAUUGCCCCUCAGUGACUUUGAAAAAGAAAGCCAAGUGUUUGCUGUCGAAAUGGAAAGCUCUUUAUAAGAGUACGCACUUCAAACCCAGGGACAGCCCUAAAUUAUUCCCUUCGGGUGGUAAUAAAGAAGAAAAUACAGGACUGUCUCAUGACCCUAGCCAGGGUGAGAUCUUAGGCCUCUGCAGUUCUAACUCCCUGCUAUCAUCCCAAGUUGUUGCAAACUCCACUGAAAUAAUUGUGCCUGGAAAUAAUGCUAAAAUGGAACCUAGGGAAGAGCAUUUGGGGGCUGUUGACCCUAAAUCCACUGGCAAGAAAUCAAGUGAGUUUCAGGGUUUCACAGUGUGUAUGAGAAACAAAUGCACAGAGCUUCUUUAUGCAGCUCUAACUAGUUCUUCCACAAAUCAGUCAGCUGAUUUGUGGCAAAAAUUUGCAAGAGAAAUUGAAGAGCACAUUUUCACCCUCUACUCAAAGAACAUAAAAAAAUAUAAAACUUGCAUCAGAAGCAAAGUUGCCAAUUUGAAGAACCCCAAAAAUUCUCACUUGCAACAAAACUUGCUCUCUGGAUCUGUGUCUGCAAGAGAAUUUGCUGAAAUGACCACCAUGGAAAUGGCAAAUGAGGAACUGAAGCAGCUGAGAGCUUCCUACACGGAAUCCUGUAUCCAGGAACAUUGCCUUCCCCAAGUUAUCAAUGGCACACAGACAAAUAAAAUAAAAUGCAGGCGCUGUGAGAAAUACAACUGCAAGAUCACUGUAAUUGCCAGAGGAACACUUUUCCUUCCAAACUGGGUGCGGAAUUCAAACCCAGAUGAACAAAUGAUGACCUAUGUCAUUUGUAAUGAAUGUGGGGAGCAGUGGUACCAUAGCAAGUGGGUGUGCUUAUAAUUGUAAGUGAAUGUUCCCUUAACCCUAGGCAUGUGUUUUAUAUACACAUGACUUUU